AUGACAGCGCAAGGAGAGGCUGCGAAGGACGUCAAGACUGCAGCGCGACCGCAGGACGGUCCGAUGGUGCCAGAUUACGGGCCACUGCGUGCGACCGGCUUAUGGUCCGUAGAUGAGGUGCUUGAUGAGUCGAAGAAGACGGUCGAGUUCCGGCGCAUCGACGAUGUCGAGAGCGAGAUCAUUGAAAACCUGAAGAAUGUCGAGGAGGCCCUCGUCCCGUAUGAGGAAGAGGAGGCAUGGAAGCACAAACUGAUGUUUGAGUGCAAGUUCAAGAAGACACCGAAGCACCUCACGUGGAAGGAGCUUGGCGAGGAGAUCGAGUGUAUGGACUGUGUGAUUGAGCUGGAUGAGCACCGUCCCGAGGAGAUUUUUACCAUUUUCUUCUACUUCAUCGUUAAGAAGACCGGCACGCGCGACCUGGUGUGGUCAGCCCGGAAUGACGUCUCGUACUCGGAGGGUUUUACCGAUCUCCUGGCCGCUGUCGGUGCAUGCUUGGGCCGUUCCGACGUACAUCGCACCAUCCGCUUUGAUGACGGGGUCGGCUGUACGCGAGACCUCACCUUUCGUAAGCGGUCUCGCUACACAUCCGACGUGUACGUGGCCUUUCGACCACCCGAGAAGUACGACAAGUUUCAGCGGAAGGAAGAGAAGGACGAGUACGAAGCAGCGAUGGAGAGGGAGGGCAUGAGUAUGUGGGGGUACCACCCGUCCCUCAUGGAUCCGGAGUUCAGCGAGCUCGACUUCAAGGACCCUGAGGGCACGUACGAGAUUGCCCUAUCCGCUCACAGCUUCUCGUUUAUUGUCCUGCGUGCCAUUCGCCGCCUGCUGGCUCGGCCGAUGAAGGACUUCUACCGACCUUCGCAGCUGAUGCGCACGGCGAAGGUGAAGACGGAGGACGAGAUCGGUUUCACGCACGCCUUGAAGGGCUGGCUAGGCGUCGAUGAGCAACUCUACCCGCACCACACGCCCAUCGAGGCGCUGCAGGACCACUGGCUUGGCAAGGACGCCCCAUUUAGUCUCUGCGCCAUUGUCAACAAGCUGCGUGAGAUGAACUACCUCAAGAAGGAGAACCCUGAGUUGCAGUCGUGGCUCUCCGUGCGGAGCCACGACACCCACCUCGCCAUUCGCAACAUGGGGGUGAAGCUGCUCGGAGUCGGGGCCAGCACACUAUUUGUUCCAUUUUCGCAUAACGCCACUGUAAAUUGCCUGCUUCCCAAGCCGCAGCAGCGCCGACUGGAGAGUCGAGUUUCGCUGAACGCUGUUCUGGGGCUUCCAGACGAAACGCGCAAGCUGAAGGAGUUCAAGAAAAUUACUGGUCACGACCGCAUCACCGAAGUGACAACAUCCAGCACGCGGGAGACUGCGACAGUCACGCCCUCCAGCCAAGAGGACGCGGCAAGCGUGAAGAACAUGCCGAUGUAG